CUGCGUCUCAAGGCCAUUUUCAAAUUUCAUUGGUGAGCUUGUCAUGUGGUAGAGAGGCAUCCUGAGCAACACGGAGAUUGUUGUGCUAGAUAUGUCAGCCUACAAAGAACAUCUCUCUCCUUUUUAAAACUUCUCCAAAAAUGUCCUUUCCCAACAGCUCUCCUGCUGCAAAUACGUUUUUAGUUGAUUCGUUGAUUGGCGCUUGCAGAACAGACAGUUUUUACUCCAGCAGCAACAUGUACAUGCCGUCCGGUGCAGAAAUGGGAACUUAUGGAAUGCAAACCUGUGGACUCCUGCCGUCUCUCGGUAAACGAGGGGACGUCAACCACCAAAAUAUGGGCAUGAAUGUCCACUCUUACAUACCUCAAAUUGAUAACUGGACAGAUCCGAAUAGAUCUUGCAGAAUAGAGCAACCAUCCAACCAGAUGCCCAAUUGCACAUUUUCACAAAACAUUAAGGAGGAGAGUAAUUACUGCAUGUAUUCAGACAAGAUAGCAAAGGUCAACUCGUCCGAUGUCCCUGUAUAUUCUAAUAUAAUCCCCGAAUCGUGUUCAGUUGAUGGCCCCGAGAUCCCUGUUCCGGGCUAUUUCAGACUGAGCCAAACUUACGCGAGUGGGAAACACCAGGACUAUGGCCACGAGAUGACGAGUCCAAACACCACAUUGAUGCAGCUCAACAGAAUUACUCCCAAACCGCAGUUGUCUUCCUUUGUCGAAGUGGAAAAGAAAACGGCUGAUAUACCGCAUAACCGGGAGAUCAGCAGGACACCCAUCCCCGCGGAAAGCCCGGAUCCAAAGUCGAGCGCGCAGGAGGAGAAGAAUUGCUCCACUGAAGCUUCAGUCUCCAGCCCAGAGUUGCCAAAGAAGGAAGCGAAAGACAGCAAAACUGACCCUCCAACGAGCAAUUGGUUGACUGCAAAAAGUGGAAGGAAGAAAAGAUGCCCCUACACAAAGCACCAGACGCUGGAAUUGGAAAAGGAGUUUUUAUUCAACAUGUACCUGACUCGAGAGCGCCGUCUAGAGAUCAGUAAAGGCGUCAACCUCACCGACAGGCAAGUCAAGAUCUGGUUUCAAAACCGCAGGAUGAAGCUCAAGAAAAUGAGCAGGGAAAACCGAAUUCGGGAACUUACCUCAAAUCUCACCUUUUCGUGAGCAUGCUUACAAAUGCUUGUUUUAUUGUCCUUUUCCUCUCUCUUCAAAGUAGUGCUGUGGCAGCAUUGGACUUGUUUUUUUUUUUUUUCACUGAAACUGUGACUGUAAUUGCUA